AGGAGUUCAUUAAGGAAAAAAAAUCACAUUGUUUCCCUACUGGUGUUAAAGAAUGGGUCAUAGAUAUGGUUAUCCUCCUGCUACAGUGAUUGAUAUAGGAGAGGGGCCACUGAAUUUCACCGGAGGGCUUCAAUACGUUGACCUUACAUACACUGUGACAAAGCAGAAGAAGGUAGAAGGGAAAUGGUUGAAACAAGAGGUGGACUUGUUGAAUAGGAUUACUGGGUCUGCACCAAAAGGGUGCAUCACUGCAGUCAUGGGCCCUAGUGGUGCAGGCAAAUCCACUUUCUUGGAUGGUUUGGCAGGGCGUAUUGCUAGUGGAAGCCUUAAGGGUAGGGUGUAUUUGGAUGGGAAGCCAAUGAGUCCAAGUUUAAUUAAAAGGACUUCGGCUUAUAUAAUGCAAGAUGAUAGGUUAUUUCCGAUGCUUACGGUCUAUGAGACCCUGAUGUUUGCUGCUGAUUUUCGACUCGGACCCAUCUCAAGAGUCGAGAAGAGGCAACGUGUCGAGAAAUUGAUUGAUCAACUUGGAUUGACAUCCUCAUGGAACACCUAUAUAGGUGAUGCUGGGACUAGAGGAGUCUCGGGCGGAGAGCGUCGCAGAGUUUCAAUCGGUGUUGACAUAAUUCAUGGACCAUCCUUGCUCUUCCUAGAUGAGCCAACUUCGGGUCUAGACUCUACUAGUGCUUACAGUGUAAUCGAGAAGGUGCGGGACAUUGCACGAUCUGGUAGCACCGUAAUCCUCACGAUUCAUCAACCCUCAUCUAGAAUCCAACUUCUCCUUGAUCAUAUGAUUGUCCUUGCUCGCGGCCAGCUCAUGUAUCAAGGAUCACCGCAAAAUGUCACUCUACAUCUUAGUCGAAUGGGGAGAAAGGUCCCCAAGGGUGAAAGUGCAAUAGAGUUCCUUAUUGAUGUGAUACAAGAAUAUGAUCAAUCUGAAUUCGGAGUCGAGGUAGUUGCUGAAUUUGCAAGAAGCGGACGAAAACCACCACAACUGACAGAAGAGGAAAUGUCUGUUUCAACAGCUGCCCCAACACCACCCCCAGCUAAUCGUGGUCACGAUUGGAAAAACAACAGGCGCCUUGCAUUGAAAGCAAGUGAAGAUUCCGAUAAUGGUUUUGAUCAUAGUGUGAGGAGCCCAUACAAUAAUACAUCAAGAUCAUGGAGUGCUAGCCACAUAGGAGUUGUGCACCAACUCAGGUUCACCCCCACAAGAAAACGUACUGAUCAAAAAGCUCCAAACCCAAUGAGUUCAUCGCCUGGCUAUUAUACAUACUCAAGUGACAUCCUGCCAGGGACGCCGACACCUCACAGCAGCGACUAUACCGUGAACGAAAAUGAUUACCUGACUCCAGAUGUUGCUCCGAAGACAGUUCAACACUUGGGGCCCAAAUUUGCAAAUUCCAUCUUCCCAGAGAUUUGGAUUCUCAUUCGCCGUAACUUCAAGAACAUUAGGCGUACACCUGAGCUUUUUCUCUCCAGACUUGUAGUCCUAACUGUCAUGGGCGUUAUGAUGGCUACGAUGUUCAUGAACCCGAAAAUCAGCAUGCAAGGCAUCACCAAUCGCCUUAGCUUUGUUAUCUUCACUGUCUGUCUCUUCUUCUUCUCUUCCAACGAUGCAGUACCGGCUUUCAUCCAAGAGCGCUUCAUUUUUGUUCGCGAAACUUCCCAUAAUGCCUAUAGAGCCUCUACUUACACCAUAGCGGGCCUCAUCACAUACCUUCCUUUCCUUGCACUACAAGCUGGUGUCUAUGCUUGUAUUGUUUGGAAAGCCUUGGAGCUUAGGGGACCAUUCUACUAUUUCUUUAUUGUUCUCUAUGCCUCCCUUCUUUCAACCAACUCAUUUGUGAUGUUUGUGAGCUCAGUGGUGCCUAACUAUAUCUUAGGGUACGCAGCAGUCAUCGCUUUUACCGCACUCUUUUUCUUGUUUUGUGGCUACUUCAUGAAUAGCCAUGACAUUCCGUUGUACUGGAAAUGGAUGAACAAGGUUUCCACCAUGACAUAUCCAUAUGAAGGGCUCUUGAUGAACCAGUAUCAGACUAAUCAAACUUUUGGUUACGAUCCAAACAUGAAACCUGUAACCGGAUUUGGCAUCUUAAGUUCACUUGAAAUUAGUACCGUAGAAUUCAAGAAGUGGGAAAAUGUUAUUAUAAUGAUAGGUUGGGCUGCUUUUUAUAGGUUGUGUUUCUAUAUAGUGCUUCGUUUCGGAUCAAAGAACAAGAGGACAUAGACAAAUCAAGGAAAAGGAUGAUG